AUGAUCAGAUAUUCACUGUAUGAUGCCAGCAAGGCUGGUGUUAGAAUCAAAUCACCUCUUCCUGUAUCUAUUCGAGAGAAUAAAUACAUAUUUGAUUACCCCUGCGAAGACUCUUCCGUAUGCACUGAAUAUUCGAUUGUUCUGCAGCCUGGUUUGUACAAAUUCGAACUGUAUGGUGCUUCUGGAGGUAGCUAUACUGGCGAAGUCUCUACACAUCAUUAUGAAACUGGUGAAUGUAUGCCGGACAGCUUCGUUAAGCUCUUUAACGGUAACACGAGAUGUUUAGAAUAUUUCGAUUAUGGUGGCGCAGGUGGGUAUGUUAGUGGUUUGAUUAACGUUAAACGAUUAUUGCAAAUAUAUGCAACUAUUGGCGGUAGUGGAAAGUAUUUGACUAAUUCGAAAUGCGACCCCCUCGAAAAUUGCUAUCUCAGGGAAAAUAUGGUUCCUGGAGGAUACGGUGGGGGAGGUAGUUCACCGGGUUAUAAAAAUGGAGCUGGAAGCGGUGGUGGGCAAACUUCUGUCAAAUUUUUGGAAAAUACCCUCUAUCAUCGCGUAAUCGUGAGUGGUGGUGGUGGAGGGGCUGAUGACUACUUCCAAAAUGAUGCGAGAGGUGGAUCUGGUGGUGGCCUUGUCGCACAAGGUUGGUGGAAUGAAACAGUUUACAACGGACAAUACUUGGCAAAUUCUUCCUUUGGCUUCACAUUUGGCACAGCAGAGGCAGCCCCUUUAGAUGGGUCCAAAAAUCCUAAAGGAGUGCAAAAAACAGCUCAUUACUAUGACAAAUGUGGAGGUGGAGGCGGCUGGUUCGGUGGAUUUUCCAGCAAUUAUAAUAAUGCUGGUUGUGGGGGUGGAAGUUCGUGGGUUUUGACUAAAGGCGCUUACAUACCCCCAGGUCUGAUCGAAUCACGUGAUGAAUUUUAUAAUUAUAUCACAAAAAGAAAAUAUAAUUUUGACUUAAAUUCGGAAUAUUUGUUUACUGAGGUAAUACACGUUCCUGGAAUAUGGCAAGGAAACGGAUGUCUUAUAAUUACAGUCAUUAAAACCUUAUGUUUUAAUAGUUUUAUAUCAAGAUGUCAUUUGACUAAUUUUCUUCUAGGAUUUGAAAUAUUUUUAAGCUAA